CAUGACUUGAACUCUUCGCUCACGUGAGACCACYAUUUUUGCAUUUUUCUGCUUGUAUUGGACUUCGAUCGCACAACUCGAGCAUAUCGUCAAUGGAAAAGAGCGUCAAGAUGAAGAAGAAGGUUUUGCUUAUGGGCAAAAGCGGGUCUGGAAAGACUAGCAUGAGAUCUAUUAUAUUUGCUAACUAUAUAGCUCGUGAUACACGGAGAUUAGGGGCAACAAUUGAUGUUGARCAUUCCCAUGUACGAUUUCUUGGCAACCUUGUUCUUAAUCUAUGGGAUUGUGGAGGGCAAGAAGCAUUCAUGGAGAACUACUUUGCAAGUCAAAGAGACAACAUAUUCCGUAAUGUGGAAGUCUUGAUAUAUGUGUUUGAUGUAGAGAGUCGGGAGCUUGAAAAAGAUAUGCACUAUUAUCAGUCAUGCUUAGAAGCCAUUCUACAAAAUUCUCCUGAUGCAAAGAUAUUUUGCUUGAUUCACAAAAUGGAUUUAGUACAAGAAGAUCAAAGGGAUCUGAUCUUCAAAGAAAGAGAGGAAGACUUAAAACGUCUUUCCAAGCCUUUGGAUUGUACAUGCUUCAGGACGUCAAUCUGGGAUGAAACACUUUACAAAGCCUGGUCAUCCAUAGUUUAUCAGUUGAUUCCAAAUGUAACACAACUUGAACAGAGUCUUGAGAAUUUUGCUUCUAUCAUUGAUGCUGAUGAAGUGUUACUUUUUGAACGAGCUACGUUUUUGGUUAUCUCAUUCUGCCAGCGUAAACCUCACAGAGAUGUUCACAGAUUUGAAAAAAUUAGCAAUAUAAUAAAACAGUUCAAGCUGAGUUGCAGUAAAUUACAUGCUCACUUUCAAAGUAUGGAAGUCCGGAAUUCUGGCUUUGCUUCAUUUAUUGAUGUUUUUACACCRAAUACAUAUGUCAUGGUCAUUAUGUCUGACUGUUCAAUACCCUCUGCUGCUACACAAAUCAACAUUAAAAAUGCUCGUAAACACUUUGAAAAGCUGGAAAAAUCCCCCACUUCUGAAUCUUCAUUGAGAGGAAGAUGAAACCAAAGCAAAAAUGUUAUAAAGAAGAAAUGUUACUAUCAGAGUGACUAAAGAUGCAUCCAUCCAUCAGUUUAGUAGUGAAUUACAGGUUUUUCAAUGAAUUACGACAAGCACUAUUACGUUACCCAUUACAUAAAUAUACAAUAUUGUGAUAUCAAAUGCAUAAAAAAAUAGAAUAUAAUGCAAUUUUUUCA